AUGAGUGGUGUGCCCAUGGCUACAUCGGCCAGCAUGUCUGGCGUGGCCCUGGCAGGGUUCGAGGCCGAUGGCUAUGGAUCCGAGUACCUGCGAUUUUCCAGAGGUGACCCCAUCACUUGGAUGCCUCAUGCAGAAGAAGACGAAAACUGGGCCUUCGGCCGCAUCCGCGACCGCACUGGCUGGGUCCCUCGAACCUUCUUCGGGAAGGUCGACCCGAACACUGCUCCGGGGCGCGCAGAGAGCACCAGUAGCGACUCUGCAGUUGCUGCGGAGAGGGAGAGGCAAGCUGACGAUGACAGCGACGAAAGAUGCGCACAGCUGGAGAGGCAGAUCCGGGUGCUGAAGGCCGUGAUCUCCGAGAUGAGAACAAGCCAGAAUCAGAAGCCUUCUCCCAACGAUAAGGAAACUCCGGCAACAGCGGAUGUGGCAAUGCCAUCAGCACUGCGCUCGGUGCUGCCACCCCCGCCUAGACCAGUGGAUACCCCCUUCACAGCUGUCCAGGGCGGAACCUCUGCAACACCACAGCCGGCCAAGACUGCUUCCCUCCCGGUCAAAGCGGCACCAGACCAACCCAGUGUCCCAUUGGCCACGGCGGCUCCGCGACCCCCAACGACACCCAAGCGGCCAGCCCCAGCCCAGGGACAGUCACGCCCAUCGCAAAGCAGACCGGAGCCAGACCACACACCAUUUUGGCUGCCUCGGUCUCCCUCAGACUAUGAGCCGCCCCACAGUGGAGCGGAGCAGCUGGACUACACGCCGCAGCCUUCACCAGACGAGGAAAAGUAUUUCACUCGGGAGGAGGUGGCACACAUGCUCGGCACCCCGGCUGUUCAGGAUUGGAUCCGGGCGCUGCCAAGCUUCGAUGUACUUGCAUCCCCCGCCAUUUUUGGGGGGCUCACCGAGCUCGAGCAAAAACCCCUGUGGGCGACCAGGGUUGAAGCGCUCCGCAGAGUCCCGCGUCUCUUUGAGGCAAUCAAAGUGGUGAAAACCGAGUCUGGCCUUACCUGGGAGACUGCGGUCUCGGCCAGAAGAGUUCUCACGCAGGAUGGCCGGGUCACCAUCGCGAUGGGCAUUGGCUCCAGCUACACGGAACUAGCCACCCCCACGAAAGCCCAUGACCUGGUGGCAGCCUUGUUCAACAAAAUGUGGGAGGAGCCGUCCCUGGCUAGGCUUUUCCCUACCCACGCUCAUUUUGACCUGGUUGCCACUACCAUUCGCAUCAUCUACAAUUACGCUUCGGAGUCUGCUGGCCUCAGCAGCCGCAUGAUUAAGCUCGUGCCAGAGAACCCGGGUGAGGAGGCGCCGAAGCGUAUGCGCAUUGUACAUGAGUUGGCAGACAGGCAGGAUGCCCAGCCGCCUUCCUCCAGCUCCAAGCAACCGCAGCAACAGGGCGACGAAGACCAGGAGGGUAAACGAUCCAGGGAGUCGGGAGCCCCCGCGUCUUCGUCGUCAUCGAGCCAGCGACCUCGCGAGGAUUGGAACAGGCAGUGGCAAUCCUGGCAAUUGCAGGAUCGCUCCAGGGAGCAUCACAACGAUUGGUGGCGAAAUCAGCAGGGAUCCCGUCGCUGA